AUGGCAAGUAUUGUAGCUCUGUCCUUGCUUACACUCUCUUUCGGUCUUCUAUGGAGGAUUCUAACGAAAAUUGUUGAUCGAAGCCUUCCUCCAGGCCCGCCUAGAGUGCCGCUUCUGGGUCACUUGCAUUUGCUGGGUGUUCUUCCUCACAAAUCUCUCUCGGAUCUCUCAAGUAGAUAUGGCCCCGUCAUGUUGCUCUGGUUUGGGUUUGCUCCAACGCUUGUGGUCUCUUCCCCAGAUGCUGCAAGAGAAGUUCUGUGCACUCAAGAUCUUGCCUUUGCUUCAAGGCCAAACAUAUCUUUAGCCAAGUACAUGUUCUACAAGGACUUGGCAUGGACCAGCUAUGGUCCCUAUUGGAGAUUGAUGAGGAAGGUCACCACUGUGGAACUCUUCACUGCAAAAAGGCUCGAGGAAUCCAGAAUGGUGAGGCACACGCAAGACUAUAUGCAAAAGCAACUAAUGUGGUGA